GCUCUGUCUAAUCUUUCUCAAACUGUAUUCGGCGUCGGUCGGUUGUUACACCAGGUGAAAGGGUACCCUUUGAACCGCAAGUCUUCGAGAAAACAAGAAUCAAGUGCCUCCCGAAAGGCUCUUAUUUGUCAAUUCGCCUUCAGGGGCAUACCUUUCUUCUCGUUGUGUGACACAAUCUCGUUGAAGUCUCCUAUAUAUAGCGAUGGUAGAUGGCUCUCUGCUCCUAACCGAGCAAGCACAUGUCAUGCUUCGCUCUUGCUAACUACUGGUUCACCAUACAAUCCCGUAAGUCUCCACUCACCCCCGUCAUCUUGA